UGAUGAUUUAAGGGAUUCACUCAUGUUGAAAUGCAUUUGCUACUUUCUAAACUUUAUAGUGUUUACAUGGCUAAAGGAGACGAGUAUUAUUGUAUAAUAGUGGAUUAUUCCAACUAUCUGAACUGAUGUACCAGAAAAGAAGGAAGAAACUGAAGGACAGAGAGAGAGAGGGAGAGAGGGAGAGAGAGAGAGAGAGAGAGAGAGAGGGAGAGAGAGAGCGAGAGAGAGAGAGAGAGAGAGAGAGGGGGAGAGAGAGAGAGAGCUCAAGGAGGGGUUUGGGAAUGAGAGCUGAUCUCUCUGGGAUGUGAGUGAGCUACAUUUUACACACACGCACAUGCACACACACACACACACACACACACACACACACACACACACAUGCAGAGGAAGAGGAACAGUGAAGUAUUUCAGUCAUUGAAAGUACGUUUGAUCAGCUGGAUCAGUCGGAGAAACCCAAACGUCAUGCAGGACUUAACAUCAGGUUUUCUGAAUUCACCAAUCAACAGUCAUGGCACUCGUCCAGUCUCUCCUGGUGUCUAUUGACCAUCCAGCGCCAGCUCUGGACCCUCGUCGCCACCGGCACUCCCCGUCCGGAGCGAUGGGUGCAGUCAGCAGCAUGAUGCCCACCCAGAUCUCCUAUCAUGACCGAGGCAACCUAGAGGUCAGCACCAAUUUCCGUAAGGGCACGCCGGGGUCAGGACGACUGCUGUCGCACUCCUCAAAGGAGUUUCUAGUUGGCAGUCGCACCCCGUCCAGUAAGAGGAGGGCUAUUGUGAGCAAAGGGAAGGGCUUUGGUGGUCGUUCGUACUCGCAUGAAGACUUGAUAAGAGACUGGGACGGCGAUCAUUUGGAUGUGGGUUUGACCGGAGUGGACGGACCUGCAAAACUCGUCCCUGUGUCGGGACAGUUAGAAACGAACAAUCAUCAGGCCUUGAUCAGACCCACCGCUUUCAAACCCGUCGUCCCCAAGAGUCGUAAUGCAGUGCAGUACCUCUCUCCACGACUAGGGGGCGCUCUAUCCGGCAGUCAGGGCAACCUCAGUAUGUUGUCUCAAGGAGACGAGGAGCUUGCAUCUGGACCAACGGAACGCCGCAGUUCCUACAGUGGAGCUCGCAACGGUUUGUUCAGCCAGUCUUUUACCAUGACGGACACCGCACGGAACUCCUUAACAAACAUCCCGUCACAUAACGGCCCCGUGUAUAACCAAAGUGAGCUGACCAAACAUCACGGACACUCCAACUCUGACAGUGGACGCUCCUCGUCCAGUAAGAGCACAGGGUCUCUGGGGGGUCGCUGUCAGCCGCUGUCAGACAUGUGCUUCAGCGGACACUCCCCUCCGCACAUCGAGGCCUACGAGACGAUUGUGAGAGACUUAGAGGAGAAGCUGAGAGAGAGAGACCUGGAACUCCAGCAGCUCCGGGAGAACCUGGAUGACAACGAAGCGGCCAUCUGUCAGGUGUACGAGGAGCGACAGAAGCGCACGGAGCUGGAGAUGGAGGAGUUCAGACAGACCUGUGCAGCUAAGAUGCAGAAGUCGUCUCAGAAAGCGCAGCGAGAUCAACAGUUGCUGCAGCUGCAAGCGUUUCAGCUGCAACAGGAGAGGAAGAAACAGCAGGAGGAGUUCACGCAGCUGCUGCAGGAGCGACAGAGACUCGAGGAGCGCUGCGUCUCUUACGAAAGAGAACACGCACAGCUCGGCCCCAGACUGGAGGAGACCAAAUGGGAGGUGUGCCAGAAGUCCGGUGAGAUUUCAUUACUGAAGCAGCAGCUGAAAGACCUGCAGGCCGAUCUGUCUCAGCGUGUCGGGGAACUCAUGACUCUGCGCGGGCAGCUGAGGGACGUUCGCGCAGAGCUGCAGACGUGUCAGAGUCACCUGCAGGAGGCGCACACGGCCUCUCGUACCCGAACCCUGGAGCUCGAGGUGUGCGAGAACGAACUGCAGCGUCGCAAGAGUGAAAACGAGCUGCUCCGAGAGAAAAUGAGCCAUCUCGAGGGGGAGUCGUCUCGUCUGCGCGAGGCCCUGAGCGCCACGCACGUCCACAACUCCUCCUCCUACAGAGGGGGCGGGGAGGAGCAGCGGCUGACCAAUGAGAGCGAAGAGUUAAAGGGAUCCAAGCAGCAGAUCGACAGACUGAAGGCGGAGCUUGCUUACGAACGCCAGAGCGUGUCCAAUCAGGCCACGACGUUCGAGAGUGAGCGGAAGAGUUGGGAAGAGGAGAAGGAGAAAGUGAUUCGAUAUCAGAAACAGUUGCAGCAGAACUACGUGCAGAUGUACAAACGCAACCGCGCACUGGAGCGAUCGCUGCGAGAACUCAGUCUCGAGCUGGAGUCCAGAGAGCAGGACGAUGAAAGCAGCGGUAAUGAAGUCACCUUUGAUGACAUCGCCGCUACAGAGAUCUAACAUCCGUCUUCAAAUGUGUAGCAUUAUCUGAGAAACUAGUAAACACAGUCGACGGCCAGUUCUAGUCACAUGACCUUUCAUUCAUCAACAUCUGUGCAAGAAAUGUGAUGAAAGUGAAGUUUAGUGGCAUCCAUGUGUUUGAGGAGAACAUUAUUGAACACGUGAGUCAGGGAAGGGUAUGCAGUCUGGGUUUAAGGGACAUAAACACUUCUAGUUUUAUAAAGUCUCAUGACUGUUAUAUUUGCGCCCAAUCGUGGACAUGUAGACGGCACUGUGAGUAGACCACAGCAUUGCGAGGAGUCUGUUAUUUUAUAAUGAACGUGUUUGUAUGAAGUCAAUCCGCUGUAUAUUUUUGUGUUGUAUAUUUAAUGUUCCUAUAAGCUGUUGGUAAUUAAACACCUGCAAUGAAUAACACUUACUGGUUUUUAUUCAAAUAUGAGAACGUACAUAAAGAGCCUGAAACAACUUUAGUGUCAAUACUUGUUCUUAAUCAUGAACCGUGUUUACUUUCCUGACAUUCCAGAAUAAUCUAUCGUCUGGGGAAUGUUUAUUGCAUUAUGCAUAUUAAUUAAAGGGGCCAUGACACCUUGUGUUCACGUAUAAUAUUAGGAAAGUUUAUUUUGUACAAUAAAACUGUUUUUCAUCCUCAUUCCGACCCUCUGUCUGGAACGCUCGGUUUUAGUGCUGCUGCUCCUUUAAGACUUGAGAGGACACGCCCACUGUUCUGAUUGGCUCUCUGCUCUUGACUGACCUGCUCUGCUCACUGCUGCUGGGCGGGGCUGCUGACGUGAUUAAAGGUAAAGAAGGCAUUGAUGUGUUGUUGUGGAGGCGGAUGCAAAUGUCAAUCACAGUGUGACAUCACAAUGUGGAGGACGUACAGGACGAGUCCGAUUGGCCGGUUGGUUUCAAAGAAAGUUUUGAGUUCUGAAACUUACAGUACGUGUUUAUCGUCAGGAGCGGUUCUAGCUUGUUUUGUGCCCUGGGCGAAACCCGCUUCAGCAUGCCCACAAAGCCCCCCCCACCCCCGCAAGAUGCCGCCCUGGCACACUGCCCAUGCCUAAAUCAGCUCCUGUAUGUCUAAAGAUCAAGGACAUUUGAUUCUUCAUGUCAUGGCCCCUUUAAGGGGAGUGAAUCUCAUGAAACCAAGAACAUGUACGGAUCAUAUUUUACCCCCCAAAAAACCCAAAAUCAAAUGAAAGAAAACAUAUAUACUGUACAUAUAAAUAUAUUUGCAUAAAGAAAAUGAAGCCUGUUUUAGGAUAAUUAAGAUUUUCUGCAUUGUGACAUUAUUUUCAAGUAAAGCACAUUUCCCCCCAAAAAAUGUCCUUACUA